UUACCGCUCCUGGUCAAAGGUCAAACGAAAGCGAAAGCACAGUUUGUACGUUCUAUCAGCAGACCGCAAAGAUGAAUGAGGUGCUGGAGUUCUUUACCACGUUGUUUUUGGUGAUAUACUACUGGUUAGAAGCCAUAGUAUUAACAUUCAUACCAGCUGGUCUUAGAGGCAAAAGCGUGGCAGGCGAGACUGUACUGGUCACGGGAGCAGGAAGUGGUAUAGGACGGUUACUAUCGAAGAAGUUUGCAGCGCUAGGGGGCAGGCUGGUAUUGUGGGACAUCAAUGAAGCUGGAAAUGAAGAGACAGCCGAGCAGGUGAAAGCUUUGGGUGCCACUGUCAAGACCUACACAGUAGAUCUCAGUAGCCGGGACUCCAUCUACAAGGCUGCUCAACAGGUGAAAACAGAUAUUGGGGAAGUUGACAUUCUGAUUAAUAAUGCAGGCAUUGUCACGGGUAAAAAAUUCUUGGAUUGUUCAGACCACAUGAUCCAGAAAACCUUUGAAGUGAACACCAUAGCACAUUUCUGGACCUGUAAAGCUUUUCUGCCAGGAAUGAUGGAGCGUAAUCAUGGACACGUUGUCAACAUCGCCAGCUCAGCGGGUCUUAUCGGAGUGAACGGUCUCGCGGAUUACUGUGCCAGUAAGUUUGGGGCUGUAGGAUUUGAUGAGUCCCUGAGGUUGGAGCUCAGCAUGCAGGGAAAAACUGGAGUCCAUACUACAGUUGUCUGCCCUUACUUCAUAUCUACUGGGAUGUUUGAGGGAGCUAAAACAAGGUUUCCUUCCAUUUUGCCUAUUAUCAAGCCAGAAGAUGCUGCUUCACGUAUCACUGAUGCCGUCGUGUGUAACCAGCAUAUUCUAAUGAUUCCUAGAGUUGUCUACAUCUUUGUUUUACUCAAAGGUGUGAUGCCAACUAAAGUGUCAGCACUUCUUGCUAAAUAUUUUGGUGCCUCCAACAGCAUGGACGACUUCAAAGGAAGAGCUGCCAGAAAACUGGACUGAUUCCAUGCCUACAGCAAUAGUUAAUGUUUGUCAGAGAUUGUGAUUUUAAAGACAAUGAAACUCACAACUGAUCAUUUGGAUUAUUUGAUCUUUAAAAAAGAUGUUGAUGAUCAUUUCCUCUUUCCUUCAGUAAAAUUCAUUUUGGACAAGACUCUUGAAAUUGACAUUAAUCUGUGAUCUUUGAAUGGACGUGCCAAGUUUCAUUUACAACAGAAUGUAUGUUAUUUUUUUUAUUUAAGAAUAACAUAUAUACACAUAUAUUUAAUAGAAUUAAAAUAUGCAUAUGAAAUAAUUUUUUUAAUAUUUAUGAGAUAUUACUAUAUUUUGCUGUGGUUUUGGAAAGGUUGAAAAUAUAAGAUGUUGGAACUAAUGAAAGCAGAUUUGAUUUCAGUAUUUGUAUUUUGAUGACAACUUUUGUUUUUUCUAAUUAAAAAUGUAUGUUGGUACCAUU